AUGUCGAUGGAGCGGUUGGUGCCACCGACGCCAGAGAUGAUACAAGCUCAUCCGGGGCAAGUUUGGUGGGGCGGUGUAUUCAUAGAUCCUAGGAGGUACUCGAACUCAUCUGGAUCCGACAACUCUAUUCCUUACAUAUGCCCCCGAUCUGAAUAUGGAUAUAAACCAGACAUUCGACUUCCAAGGUACGGCUCUAUCGAAUUUCCUCCGCCAGUUGGACCUCCUCCUCCUCCUCCCCCUCCAAAACCUGAAUUUGGAUACAAGACGUUCAACGAAUAUGUUCAAGGACGAGGACAUAACUGGAAACCUUAUGUCCCAUAUAACGGAUCCGCCAGAACAGUACAGUUCCCGACGAUGCAAAGCAUGGGACAUGCGAAACCACAGAGAAGGAGUCUUUGGCGCAGUUUGUUUGGCUGUUUCUGUGGCCGCUAUUGA